AUGCCUGUCUUCUUUGCCUCAAAUCUAAGCCUGGCUGUCUUGAACCAUUAAUGAAAAAUAAAAUCACUAUGCUACUCUUACCACUUCCCUGCUGCUAGUUUUGGAUGUUACUUUUCAGCCCUUGGCAUGGUGCAUGUAAUUUGAAAAUCUUUGUACACAGUGCUUGUUUUCUGGGGAAAGAAUUUUAAAAAUGCCACAAAACUUUAAAAGCUGAUUGGUUGCCUUCAAAUGUUUUCCUUCUUUUCCUGAAAGUGUCUCAAAUCUGCGGUUGUUGAAAUGCACAUAAGCUUGGCACAGUCUCUGUGGCUGCCAAAUGUGUGAGCCAGUUGGAUCUCAAGGAAAUGUAACUUAUUGCAAUCAGUCCCGGGGAGUCUUUUUGUUCCACAAGAAACAAACAUGUUUUGCUUCUUCCAAUGCGAUGACUCAGCAGCUACAGGAUGAAUUUGACAGUAGCGUGGAGAAUGCAGAAGCUUGGAUGAAGGCCAUCCAAGAGAGACUGAGGAUCAAUGACAACACCAAAGGACCUCGAUCUGCCCUAGAAGCCAGACUGAGAGAGACUGAGAAAAUACGUGCACUGGAACCAGAAGGCAGCUUGAAAAUGGAGUUGGUUCUUGUGAAGGCAGAUGCUGCUCUUCGCAGCAUCGGUGAGGAUAAGAAGCAUGAGGUACUCUCUAAACUAAAAGACAUUAAAGCCUUGUGGGAAGAGACAGCCAUAUACAUUACUCAUUGUCACAGCCGCAUUGAGUGGGUCUGGCUGCACUGGAGUGAGUACCUGAAAGCCCAAGAUGAGUUUUACACAUGGAUUCACAAUAUGAGGGUGACCUUGGAGCCUGACAUUGAGUUGCAGCUUGGCUUAAAGGAGAAGCAGUGGCAGCUGGGCCAUGCUCAGGUUUUGCAGAAUGAUGUCCUAAAUCAGUCAGUCCUGCUGGAAAGGCUGCUGGAUGAAGCUGCUUCAUUGUUCAGCAGGAUAGGUGACCCCAGCGUUGAUGAGGAUGCUCAGAAGAAAAUGAAUGUGGAAUAUGAAGGAAUCAGACAAGAAGCUCAGAACAGAGUGAAACUGCUUGAAAUGAUAACCAAGGAACAUGAGCAGUACAGCGCUAAUGUCAACCAGUUUCAAUCGUGGCUGAAUGGUGUCACAGAGAGAUUAAACUGCUGCAUUGGAGAAGCAACCAAGUCUUCAGCAGAGGACAAGCUAAAGGCACUGAAGGAAAUUUCCAAAGACAUUAGGAGUGGUGGAAAGAAGUGGAAGCACCUUGAAAAUCAGUGUGCAGAGGUGAUUCAGAAUACCUCUCCACUUGGAGCUGCAAGAUUGAAAGAUGAACUUGAAGAGCUAAGAAAAGCCUUGGAGAAGUUGAAACUGCUGAGCAGUGAGGAGGAGGAGAGAUUGCUCAAGAUCCAACAGUCUGAAAGUGCCUAUGAGUCCCAAGCUAGACAAUUAGAAGCAGACAUCCAGAAGCUGAGAAAAGAUCUACAGAGACUAGAAAAUGACCUGGAUCCUGGGGAAGGGGAAAAGACUGAAGAUGAGUUUGUAACUCUGUGGAGAAAAUGCAAUGCAACCAAAGCAGCUCUGGCUGCAGAAGAGUCAAAGAUUGAGAGGCUGAAGGCCCAGCUUAAGGAGCUGCUACGGUUUUCCCAAGAUGUCCAGCCACACACUGAGAGUGUUGUCUCUGCAAUACACCAGUAUCAAAGUGUGAGAGGCAAGACUUCUAAAAUGAGCACUGAUACAGAAACCCAACUGAAGAGAAUCUUCCAAAAUCCCCUGCAAAGUUUUGAACAGUGGAAGCCAUCGGUCCAGAUGCUCCUGGAGACUCCGGAGCCAGAACUGGCUCACAUCGAGGCUGCUCUAGCUGAAAGCUCCCAGUUCAAAGAGAUGUUGAUGAUGUUACAGCUGAAGAAAGAUUUGCUAAACAAUGUCCUUGGUGAGGAAAAAGCAGAGUCUUUCCUUCAAGAAGCAGCUGAAGCUUCAAAGGAGAGAGAAGUUCUCCACAAAAGUCUGCUGCAAAGCAAGAGCAAACUCCAGAAUUUGAUAUUGCAACAUAAGAACUUUGAUGCUGGUUUUGCACCACUGCAGAAGAAAUUAUCUGCCAUCAAAGCCAAAUUAGAUCUAGAGAAGGAGCCACGGCCUGAUCUCUUGGGUAAAAAGACACAACUCCAGAGACUCCAGAUGAUCCAAGAUGACUUGGCAGAGCUUGCAAUUCACAUGGAGGAGGUAGAGAAGCUUGUUCAGUCAAAUACCACACACAGGCAUGAAAUGAACCAACUUUCAUCUGACUCUCAGGCCCUGAAGAGUUCACUGGAGAUGAUGAUACAGCAGAGUGAAGACCACGUUCAGAAGCACUGGGCAUAUAAUGACAAACUGUCUGACCUCCAGCAGUGGAUCUCAGUAACCAGGGAGAAGAUUGACUCCUACCAGGAUGCUGAUGGAGAGCAGAACACUGAGGGCAGGCUGGAAGACCUGGAGAGAUGGCUAGCUGAGUUUCCAGAUAAGGAGAUCCAACUGCACCUUGUGGAAGCUCAUGGCCAGCUGGUCAUGGAGAAUUCUUCUCCAGAAGAGACUGCCCAUGUCCAGGCAGAGCUGGAUCAGCUGAAGGAGUCAUGGAAGUCACUGAAGGAGAUGGCAACUAGCCUCCUCAAAAAGUGGCAGUUAAAUAGACCAGUGGCUGAUAAGAAGAAGAAAAGAGCAUUUGUGGACAGCAGAUGGAUGUCUAGACCUGCUUUCCGCCUUUUUGAUGUAGAGCCCAACCAUAAGCAGGAGAAGAUGAAAGAAGGGCAAAGUACAAGCAGCCACUUGAAGCUCCUACAUGACUUUGAAGAGUGGCUACAAGGAGAAAACACCAAACUGACCAAAGUUCUUGCUGGGACUCCAUCUUCCACAGAGGAAAUUAAGGCACACCAGAGCAAACUUGAGGAGCUGCAGUCUCAUGUGCCUGAUGGUCAGCGUCUCUUUGAGGACCUCCUUCAUCUUCAUCCUGUCAUUGGUAACUCUGAGGAGCUGGAGGACCUGCGCUACCGAUGGAUGCUCUACAAAUCUAAACUGAGAGAGUCCAUGAGUUCUCCGAGUGCUGGAUCUUUGGAGGAACCAGACAGAUUCAGAAAGAAGCGCUCUGGGGGCGUGUGCUCAUACCUGCACCGCGUGUGCCGGGCAGCACUGCCACUGCAACUGCUCCUCUUGCUCCUGCUGCUCCUGGCCUUCCUCCUGCCCCUGGCAGAAGAGACCCACAGCUGCACACUGGCCAACAACUUCGCUCGCUCCUUCAAGCUGAUGCUGAGAUACGAGGGCCCACCUCCAACGUAACUUCUUGGCAUGGCACGAGGUGACUGGUGGAAGUGCAGACUCUUUGUUUUUAAUUGCAGCUAUUGUAGAUUGUAGGGCUUCUAACACAGCCAUCCUAUCAACUGGAUAGAUCACAUAAUUGCAACAUGACAUUAAUCCACUUUAAUCAGGUAUUUGAGCAAAAUUAAUAUUUUUACAAUUUUUUUACUAUUGUAUUUGUAAUAUGUAUAUAGAGAUUGUGUAUGUAUGUACAUAUAUAUAUAUAUAUAUAUAUAAAAAAAUAUGCAUAUCUGUGGUCAAACUAACAACCACCAUCCACUCAUCCACUGUUUAAGGAUAAUUCUGCAAUGUUUCUGCUAUCUUUCAGCAAGCAGUACUGAAGGAUGGCGUUGUUGUGGGAUUUUCUGGGUGAUUUUUAUCAGAUUCUUGUUUGAACCGAAGUCAGAGCAAGUAUGACAACAUAUGGUCAUGCACCAGAGUGUAAACUGGAGAGCAGGCACAGCAGAAUCAUGUUUGAGUAGAGUGGUUGACAUUCCACUCAAGGAAGAUUUGGACCAUUCUCUUUGAAAUCUUGAGCUGCUUUUUCAGUAUCUGGAUACAGGGAUUGCAGAAGCUAAUAGAAAUGUUUCUACUGACUUCAGUAGGAGUGGGGGUGGACCUCCUCUUGUUCUUAUUUUUUACCAGAUUUCUUUUCCAAUUACUGUAUUCUCCAGCCCACCUGAAUCAGGAGAGGUGGAAUACAGUAGGAAGAAAGCUAGAAAAAAAAAGAAUAUAUUUUUUUAGCAUCUCUCUAGCAGGAGAACUUUUAAAAUCAGUUCAUAAUUUUCUGAACAAAAUUGUGAGCACUGAACAAAACCUUGUAUCACCAAUCUUGUCUAUAAAAAAGAGUGGGUUUUUUGUUAGGUUUUUUGUGUUUGUGGGGUUUUAUGAUUUGGUUUGUUGGGUUUUUUUACUUUAUAAAGGGGCAUUUGGUAACGGAUCAUAAAGCCUGAACACUGGGAUGCAGCCUGGUUCAGUGUCAGUAAAGCAAAAGUUGGAAGUACUUUAAUAAUACCACCCUGGAAACAAGAUUCCUAUCUAGGAUGCUUUUAUAUUAAUGGUUUAUUGAAAUUAUGUACACUGAUUGUAUCAAAGACAGUCAAACAUGUAGUAUAAAAUUAUGGCAACUUGUCAUUUAUUUACCUAACCCUAUGCCUGAGUUAUCAAAUUUUUGAAUGUACAUUUAAACAUUGCCUUUUAAUAUAAAAGCAAUUCUCACUUCAGAGUGAUGAAGCCAUUCUUAGUGGUGUUUUACAUAAUUGAUUCCUGAGAGAAAAGGUAAUUUCUAAAAAAUUUGUGCCAUUUCUGAGAGCUAUCCCUUACUGUCUUAUGUUUUUGGCUACAGUAGUAAUCAUGAAAAAAAUUUAACAGAAGGAACAGUUACUUUCCCUCUCCAGGCUAUGUUGCAGGAGGAACUUCUCUUCUGCAUAUCAGUAUGAGGUAUUUGGUGUUUUCUUCCUAAUAAGGUCUAAAAUAAUAAAGUAGCUGAGAGACUGAAGGAGGAAGUCACUUAUUUAACAAAAUCAUUAAAGUUCUGUUAAAGAAGCAAACUUAUGUAGAAUGGGGAGGCAUAACAGCACAGAGCUCAAUUUAGGCACAGGAUUAGGAAAACAGGCAGUGUGAAAGAGGAGCAGCUCAACAUAGAGAGGAGAGGUGUCCAUCAAUUUGUAAAACCUUACAAAGGGAGUCACAAUUAACACAGACGACAAGAGUACAGGCUCUACAGAGGAAAAAAUCUCAGAAUCUUUUUGGUUCCCCCUCCCUGCUACAGUAUUGGUUCUAUUGCAUAUUAAACAGCUUUUCUUCAGUUUUCAAGGUUUAAAAUGGGUUGAGAAACAGGGCUUCUACCAGUGUUCUGAGGAGACACUUCCACCACCAGGAUUCUGUCAUUGUGUUCCUAAUAAUCCUUCUGACUACACUGGGUUUGCUAGCGUUGGAUUAAAAUGUCAAAAUUCUGUAAGGUGUAAAGAAGAGUGGAAGUUAAAGGGGAGACAGCAGGGAUGAUGAAGGGAUCUGUCAAAGUGCAAGGGGAGCACGAGCAGGAGCUGAGCUGGUGUGGGUUAAAAACCUGACUGUCAGGAGGCAGUAGAAGAGCUCUCAGAGCAGGCAGAAGGGACUGGAAGCAGAAAGGUGAGCAGAGUCCAUGUGUGCUGAGCAGUAAGACAUUCCAGUGGGGGAAGCGAAGGAAGGCCUGUGAUUUCUUUCAUGAGGGAGCUAGAUGGAGAGGGUGAGAGGGGCUAGAAUUUGGCAGAGAAUGGGACAAAUUAAUUCCUUCUUUGCAACCAUUCUUUCUGGGGGCAGAGGACAUACCUUCUCUUCUCCUGAUUAACUGUGUAAGUGCCAUGCACAUUCCCCUAAAAAUUGCUGCCAGCCCUGGGGAAAGAAACCCCUGUGGCUGCCCAGCAAGGAGUUAAUCAUCACACACAUCUCCAUCUCAAAUUAAAUCUUCCUUUAAAAAAGAAGUGUGGGAGAAGAGGGGCAGUAACAAAUCCUGCUCUGUGUGGUUGUGGAUGUGUGUAGGUGUGCACACACCUUUCUGUGACAUAGCUACAUUGCAGUUCUCUGGGUUUUGCUGAGCUGUUCCAGGUGAUGAAUGUAAAAUACCAGUGAGAAAGUAAAAAUAAUGAGGAACAAUAAAGCUGCAAAUGGAAGUCAAUAGGGAGAUAAAAAAGCUUUUCUAUGAAAGCACAAAAUCUCACAUAGAUUUCUUUCUGCUGAGCCUUUCUGAUCUGGGUGGUUUGUAUAGGUUCACAAAUGCAUUUGACACCACGGGAGUGUGUAAAAGAAGUUUCUGGGAGAAAAAAUUUCUGCACAGAGGUUCUUAGGAGAACAACUGCAUCAUCACCUUGAUGUUUCAGUGUUGUGGCAGGUUUAAAAGAAACCAAAACAAACAACAUAAUUAGAAACACACUUUUGCUGCUGGGUUUGCAAUCAAUUUAUUCUGUAAGUCCCCUGUCUGUAAUAUUGGAAAGUUUUGCUUUAAAUCUCAGUCAAUCCAUUCUCAUUAACUUAAAUAAUCUGAAUAUCUCAUAGAAGUGAUGAAUAUUUCUACUUCUUUGCAAUGAAAACUAUCCAAAGCACUGGACUUCAAUGUUCCUAUCAGUGAAAACAAUUUAAGUCUUCCAUAAUGUCAUUUACCUCACCUGUCCAAGGCAGGUGUGGCAUUUUUCUGGCAAAGAAAGAAGUAAAAAAACCACAAAAGAACUUGAGAUGUAAAUGCAAAAUUAACUUUCUUUUUUAUUCUCUUGUGGGUUUUUUUUCUGAAAAGCUUGUGAUACUGAUUCCUGGAAGUGUGUGUAAAUAUUAAUCAAGUUAGUAAUUGGAAUAAUGAAAACAAACUGCCCAGGCCAGCUUCCAGGAAACUGUAUGAAGCUCAGAUUCCUCAAAACACAAACUAAAUCAUACUGUUUCCAAAUCAGUCCUUAAAAUCUUGAGCAUGGUUCCUCAUCUUUGCUCACAGAUGAUUUGGUGGUUAUAUGCUCACUUUUGUGCCUAUAAAGUCCCCAGCUCAUACAUCUCUGACAUCCAGAUGUAACUGAGAUGUGUUACAGCUCAGGUUCAGACUGGGGCCACUGCCUUAAGCCUUCCCUUGCCAAAAUCUGGGAUGCACAGAACCUAGGAUGUGUCUGCAGCUGAGGACUUGCACCAUUUUGCCCCAGUCCAGAUGCAGCCACUGUCAAAGCGUGCUAAAACCCUCUAAAAUAUAUUGAAUAUGUUUGAGGCUGUGAAUUGUUUGUCCACCUGGCCUGUGCUCCAUGCAGACACUCAGGCUGUUCACAGCUCUCUGUCCGAGCUCUUGCCUGCUCUCUUGGACCAGGAGCUGGUUGACCACAUUAAUGACCCUGCAGUGCUGAAGGCAAAAUCCUGCACUCCAUUGCCCACACAUUACAGUAAGACAUUGCCCAAAGGCACACUUCAAACCCAACCUUUGGCAUGAAAGCAAGCCUCAUUUGUAAACUGUAAUUGAUUUUGAAGCCUGAUGCUUUCCAGAGAAUUUUCCAUGACAGCAAUACGUUGAGGUAGAAAAUUGCUGUUGUGCCCCGUGUCUAUUAACAGCCCUUCUCUGAUUCCAGCCAGCAAUUUAAAUGGUAUUAAAUAUUACUUAUAUGUGCCCUCUCCAGAAAUCUGUUAUGAAAAACAUGUUCAGUUCUAAGUACAUACAUUAAAAAUGUUGUAUUCCUCUGCUAGCACUGGAUCUCCAGAGCAGUCAUGAUUUCUACCAAGUGCUACUUUAUUUGUACUGACCGAGAUGCUUAAAAACUGAAAUAUUUGAGGCUGUAAGUAAAGCUACUAGGCUAACUAAUAAAACCACCUAGUGAUCACUGAAUAAUUUGGAGAGCUUUUAGAAUGGCUUUAUGCUUCUCCUUAAUCCCUUUUGUUGGAGUAGUUGUAGAUCUCGGAGAGAAGAAAUGUCUCCAAAAAAUGGCCAUUGCUAGAUAAGACAAGUGGUGAUCUCUGCACAUCAGAAGAAAUAGUAUUUUCCCUUUACUUGCUCUAGACCUCAGGAGUUUGCUACAUCUGAUCUCCUCUUCAAUAUUAAAUAGAGAAUGUUUUACUUUGAUGUGUGUGCAUACACAUCUCAUUAGCACUAAAGAGAUUUGAAGAGUGAGUUCAUGUACAAUAAUUUUUUUAACUUGUGUCGACAAGAGAGUACAUUGUCCUCUUUUUUUCAGGAAAAAAACCCAAAACUGCUGUGCAACAGGGAUUCCCAGAGCAAACAAAGCCUUUUGGAAUAACUAAAGAUUACAGACUGAAAUGAAAUUAUCCACCAUAGGAAACUGGAAAAAUAGUUUUGCCUUUCAAGAAAGGCUGGUAUAAAACCCCCAAUAAACAUGUCUUUGCCAGGCAUCAUAGAUGUCUUUCAAGUCAUAGGUUGUGUACCCAGCUGGCUGUAAGAGCUGCUUUUGGAGAUUUUAGUACCCCUUGGACAGUAUCAUUUGCUAGUCUGCUGCUGAAAACACGUUUGCCCAGAGAACCUAUAUCAGCUUCUUCCAGAAUUGCUGGGGGCUGUUGAGGAUAUUCUUAGCAGUUCCCAGAUCAUUGACCUGCUCUGAGCCAUUACAAGUUUAUUGCAUUAAUUUAUCUGUCAGCUGUUGACAACUCUCAGAAACCAGUUUAUUAAAAUACUGAAGAUAAUAUUUCUGGUGCAGACAACAUGAUUCAUUGAGAAACCAGUCUUAUUACUUUUGCCAUAUUUAAAAAAGAUAUCUAUUGGUUAUACUGGAAUAUAAACAGGUUAGUUGUACGUGUUGGGUAACUGCAGCAUGUUUUAGGCACAAGGCAUUUUGACUUGUACAUGUCUUUCUAAGAAUUAUGGGAUCAUGUUGCACUUGUUAAAUGGCAAAACAAACAAAACAAAGAUUCUUGCAUUAAAGAAAAAACCAAAACAAAACAACAAAGCAGGCUGGAAUAAUCUGUCAUACAGUUGGAUUUUUUUUUCUCUCUUUUCUAUCCAAUUUAAAAUAUGAAUAUGUGUCUUCUAGAGAGGUGUCGUUCGAUCUGGAAAACAAGGAAUAUAUAUCAGGAAUAUGCCAGUUCAAACUGUAGCCUAAAUGGCACUCCUGUUCCCUAACCUGCUUCAGCAACUGCCAGAUUUUACCUCAUUGUACCUGUGAGAUAACAACCCUUCUCCUAGUCAAGUGUGGGUAAGGUGAAACUGCACAGCUUAAGGUGCAGCAUCCCAGCGGAAGCAGCAGGAGACAUUAGGGCCUCAAAAGGCAGCCUGAUAUCUCGGUGCAAGAGGGGAGCAUGUAGGUCUGGCAUUAUGAGAGCAGUCCAGGACUAAUGACACAGGAACAAGGGCUUGCCAUCCUGCUCUGCCAGACAAAAUUUUGACAGCGGCCAUCAGCACUGUUCAGUUUCAUGUCCCUGACUGUGGAAGGAGGCUCCCCUCGGGGUGAUUCACUCAAGCUGGGAUUUGAACCCUGGAAGUGGUUUGGGUUUUUUUUCUUUUAAUUAAAUACAGAAGAAACUGCUAAAUUAAAACUGCUCAGUGACAGGUUAAUGGUAGGUGGUGGGUGCUGAUGCUCCAGGAAAAGAUACAGGAAAUGCUAUCAUAGAUAGAAAGCCAGUUAUGAUGGUCUCUGUUCAAUCCUCAGGAGGCAGAAAUGCAAUGUAGAACUGAAGUGGGAGUUUUUCUGUUCCUUUUCAAGUAAAUGUCAGGUGUUGUCUUUAGUCUUCUGGAUUUUGAGGGUGAGCCUAUUCAGGGCCUUACUGAAGGCUAGUGGCUUUAUGGCUUCAGAGCCAUCAGCAAGUUCCACAAUAUUCCAAGUUGUGUGAAAAAGGUAUUCCCCUGAACUGAUUUUGGAUUAGAAAUUUUUUGUUUGGGGAGUGUGGAUGGUUUGAUUUUCCUUCUUUUGGCCACUUUGUGUUAAAUCUAAGGAAGCAGAAAGACCAGCACUACUCUUUCCAGGCCACGUUUUGUCUUUCCUUCUUUUACGAGAGCAGAGGAGAUUUGGCUUUAUUUCCUUUCCAAAGUAAAUUAUCCCAGUCUUUUAUUCUUAUUUUCCUGUUGCAGUUCUUCCACAGCCUAGGUGAUUCCUAUCACCUUAAGUAUUUCCAGUGUCAGUUCUUCGUCAAUACCUAGAGCAAAAAAUCUGGUCCAGUUUCAGUAAGUUUAAAAUUCAGUAAUUUCUUCCCCCAUUGCAGUUCCUCCUGCAGAUGCUCUGUCUGUUUCUGCUGUCCCCUGUGUCAAACCAACCUUCAUCACUAUCUGGGGGGACUCCAGUCCUGGCCAGCCAUUUCUUCCAUCUCCUGGCCAUGUCCUGCCCUCAUCUGCCUUCAGUUUUGGCUCAGAGACUGCCCUUAAUAUUCACAUCCACAGACAGGAAUGUGAGGGUGUCACUUAACAAACAAUUAUUAAUAAUGAAAGCCUCGCCAUUAGCAUUGUUCAUAGCCUGCCCAGAGCCUUUUUCUUUUCUCCUCUCUAAGCAGGUUUUGAUGUGUAAUCCAAUUACCGUGUGCAGAAAAUUGCCCCUCAGUCAGUGCAGAGGGCUGGUGGUUCAGCUGCAGCUCUGUUAUCCUCGCAUUGUCACCACUGGGGUAAGAGCUCCCAGGUGCUGCUCAGCCAGGGUCUGUGCCCUUGAGCUGCCAGGAGUGUUCCACUGUCAUUGUUAUACACCCUAAAUAAGCCAGAACCCUUUUUUCUGACCUGGGGAAAAAUAAAAAAAAAAGAAAGAAAGAAAACUAAAAUGAUUGCUUUUAACAAACUGAUUUCACAACUCAUUUAUCAAGCCCUAUAGCAAGCCAUUUAUUUUAGCUCCUUUUUGCUCCAUGAAAAGCUGUGUGUUAAAAGGGAGAGGUGAGUUUGGAGAGCAGUGCCACUGCCCUGAGCAGCUCUUUGCUAGGAGGCCUUCUGCUGGAACUCAGGGGUAGGAGCUGUUAUUUCUCCUGAAGUCACUCCCACCUUCAAAAUCAAAUUAUUUCUAUUGUCAAGUCUAAUAAGCAUUGAACACCACAGACUUUGUUUCACUUCAGAUAUGAAUGAAUGCCUCUGUAUGGUACUUUCCGUUGCCAUGAAAUAUAUGUGUAUGUAUAUAUAUAUGUGUGUGUGUGUAUAUAUAUAUGUAAUGGGGAGCAUAAUUAUUGUUCUACUUAAAGAAAGGUGGCAUUCCACUUCAAUGUAACUUUCAAGUGCAGCUUUUAAGAGAAACCGUGUCUUACAGGGAAGCUGGAAGAGUUUAGAGGUACAUGUUUUAAUGAGCUUUAAUGAGAUUUAAUAAGCUUUGAGUUUGGGUUUCAGUCUUUAGGGCAAAAAGCACCCAAGAUGAUUUUUCCAUCACAUUCCGAGAUCAAACCCUGUAAGAAUUUAACCUAGGAGGCAUUGCUUGAGCACUGGCUGUUCCUGAAGGUAUGUGGAUGUUGCAUAUCCUAAGUGUGUGUCUGUCCUCAAACACCAGCCUCCAUUUUGUACAUGGGCUUGGCUGGAAGGCAAAAGACACACCUUUGUCUUGCUCCAAGACCCUGAUGGUAAUUUUUGCCUCAGUAGAUGUUUUCCUUUUGAUCAGUGUGACUCUUUCCAUUUUUUUUUUCUGUUUUGAUUUGUGUUAACUGAGUUUAUUGGGUGAUUCCAGGAGGGCACACUGCAUCUGCCCAGCCUCAGAGCUUCCCUUCCAGCACCACACCUUCUUCUCAUUUGUUUACUCGACUGUACUGGACCACUGUGAAGCAAUUACACAAGCAAUAAUGUGGGUGUUGCAUUUUUCUGUCACUGCCUUUCGUAAGACAUAACUCUCCAUUGACACUGAAAAGUGGUAGGAGGCCCAGAAGCUGCACUGUUGUUUACUGGCAAUAUAACCCAUGUCCAGUGUUCCUACAGAGGACCUGUCCUCACUCCUCAGAGCAGUGGGCUGUCUCGAGCCCAAUUUAAUUCACAAGCAUGGAUUUUAAAUAGUUUUGGAUCCCUUCACCAACACUCCAUCAAUCUUGCUUCCAUUAGUUUUUGUGCUUUUGUUUAGUUUCAAGCUAGAAGAAAGUUUAAAGAAAUGUGCUAAGACUCCCAUAUAGGGUGAAUAAAUAUCCCAUAUAUUUCACAAACAUUGCAACAAAAUGAAGGGAUUUGCUCUCACAUUGAACAGAAUUAAUAAGAAGUUCUAACUGAUAAAUUAAAUAGUUAUUAAGAACAGCCUGGAGCAAAGUUUCUGCAAUCAAACUAUGCUCUGCUUUUAAUUUAAAAAUCAGCAAAUACUGAGGUACAUUUUGCCACCUUCUUUUAGAAGUGACCUGAAACUAAAAUGUGUAUUCUCCUUAACAGGAGGUUUAUUGAUGUAAAUCUAAAUUUCAUCAGCAUGUCCCAUGUUAGAUCACCCGCCUCUGGGCACAGGGAAAACCAAAGGCUGUUCACAAGAGAAACUCAUGUUAUGAAUGGUUUUAAAGUUCUUCAGAGCUCUUAUCCACUUCUGAAUGUCAGUAAUGGGGAGGAUCAGAAACCUUCCUGUGAACCCUGUCAUUUUGCAUGUUGAAAUCCUGGCUUGAAUUCAGGUCUCCACCUCAGCUUCUUGUAAAUGUUAAUAUUCAAGUAGAACAAAAACCUUAGAGGCAAUUACAGCAUGAACAUCUCUUCUUGUUUAUGUAUAGUAGCUGAUAGCAAAGUCUGCAAUAAUAAUCUGGGUUUAUACAUGUGCUGUUCAAUGUAACAGUUGGGUACAAAAUGCCUUUUAACUGUCACAAGAAAAUAACUGGAUUGAUGUCAUUUUUUGCUUGUAUGAAUAUAAUUAUUUGCCUUGCGGGGACCAGUUCCACUUUUGUCAUGUUAUUUAUGAUUUUUAAAUACAAUUGUGAUAAAUUAGGCUCGUUUCUAAGGUAAACAAUACUGGAGCCAAGCAGCUGUCUCUGUACAUGUGCAUGUUAUCAUAGCUGAUAUCAAGUCCAAGUCAGACUCCUUGUCUUGCUUGGACCUUUCUUUAACCUUUCAGGCUUAUUCAGGGAAAUGUAGACCUCUCUAUUUUCUUAUUAAAGAUAUGGCUUUGUGAAAAGCUGAACUUAUUUUUUAAAUCCUUUCUUUUCUGGUUCAGAAAGACUGUAACAAUCAUAUUUUUCUAAACUGCCUAUUGCUUGUGUUGGGAAAUUAUAUAGAAAUAUAUAUUUUGCUCUACAGAUUUCCAUGUACUUUUGGAAUGCUUUGUUUUCAUAGAUAAAUCCUUCUAUUUGCUAGAAUUAGCUCAAAAAGCUGUAAGCUUCUGUAUACUGACUCUGUGAAAUUCUAUAAAAAUGCAACUGCAUAAGAAGACUGACUUUGUUUUUUAUGUAAAUCGUUAGAGUAAGUCAUCCUUAGUGUUAUGCCACGCAAGAUGUACAGAAAGAAACCAGGUCAUUGUUUUGAAAGGCUGGACAGCGUUAUGUCACACUUCCUAAAAAGUCCCAACUGAAAGUCAGGAGAGUUUUGCUAGAAAUGGUACCAUUUUGGGCCCUGAGUCUGUAGUUUUUCCACACUGUUUAGAACCUUAUUUCAAAUUAGUCCCAUGAAACUUCGUGGGAAAUAUGAAAAAUAAGAACCUGUGGUGUGUGAAUAGCUAUGAUAGAAUAAGGACCUUUUCUAAUGAAGAACAGGGCCUUUUAAGUAGUUAAGAGGCUAUGUUUUGAGUACUUCAGGACAACUUUUUGUGUUCUUUUCUGAGCUGUGGACUCCUCCUGUGUGUUGUGGAUUUAUUCCAUAGCUGAAAUGCCAGAUUAAAUUGAUUGAAGCCCAAUGAGCAGAUGAACAUAAUAGAAAGCUGCAGUGAAAUAUUGCAGAAAAUGGCCUGAUUUCAUUCCUCAGAGCAAUAGUUAAAGUAACUCACAGGCUUGGCUUCUUUGCACCUGUGAAGCAGAGGCCCCUGUUUUGUACCUCAGCUGUGGUGUAACAUGGAAGGAUUUCUGCUCUCUGCUUGGAAAAUACUGUCUAUUCCUCAUUCUUGUCAAAGCAUAAUAUUUUCUCAAGUAAAAAAAUCUGAUUCUUCAAGACUUGUCCGGAAGUUAAGGGGCAGCUGGAACCUUCUGUGAUCCAGCCAUGUUAUUCCAAAAGUUUAUCCCUCGAUGACAAAUAAAAUAUGAUGUGACUUUGCUGUUUGCAAGUAGGAUCAAGAGACUGGAAAUUCAUCACCCCAAGCCCUUGCCUUGUGACUGUUCUGUGAUGCUCCACUGUUACCAAUGAACUGUGUUGAAUCAGAUCAUGAAAUCAGAAUAUUUUAUUGCAUGUGUCCUUUUUUGAAAUGAAAAUAUAGUUGUAUUUGAUGUUGCAGUUAUAAUGCAAUAAAUAAACACGUGCAUUUCUUUUUAA